GGUGAAAGCGAGGGAGUAAAGUUCAGGUUUGUCAAGAGGAGAGAGAGAUCACGGUCCUGCCGCGGAGGAAGACGGACGAAAUGGACGACACUGUCGGGAUGAAGACGGGAGCGACCGACUCGUCCUCCUGCUGCUCGUCUUGCAUCAGCCUGAAGGACAGAUGUCCUCGACCGACUGGACUCGUCAACCUGCUCGUCACUAAAGUGUGUCUGUUCGCACUGCUCUUCGGAGUCGUCUGGUCCAUCACAGGACGCGAGUGUUUACCUGGAGGAAACCUGUUUGGCCUCGUCAUCCUCUUCAUCUGCUCCGUGCUCGGAGGGAAGCUGGUGGGAAUGAUCCAACUACCCACGCUGCCCCCCUUCCCCCCACUACUUGGUAUGCUGCUGGCAGGUCUGGUGCUGCGUAACGUUCCCUACAUAACAGACGCCGUCUACAUCGACACUCACUGGUCUGCAGCUCUGAGGAACAUCGCCCUGUCAAUCAUCCUGACCAGAGCUGGACUGGGCCUGGACCCCUCAGCGCUGAGUCGUCUGAAGGCGGUGUGUGUGCGUCUUGCGAUCGGUCCCUGUGUGGUGGAGGCCUGCGUCGUCGCCAUCGUGUCUCACUUCCUGCUGGGUCUGCCCUGGGUCUGGGGCUUCAUACUGGGUUUCGUCCUGGCUGCAGUGUCUCCAGCUGUCGUGGUUCCGUCGAUGUUGCUGCUGCAGAGAGAAGGCUACGGAGUGGAGAAGGGGAUCCCCACCCUGCUGAUGGCUGCAGGGAGUUUUGACGACAUUCUGGCCAUAACAGGGUUCUCCACCUGCCUCGGAAUCGCCUUCUCUACAGGUUCGACGUGGAUGAACAUAUUAAAGGGGCUGCUGGAGGUGGUGGGAGGGAUCAUAGCCGGGCUGAUCUUGGGUCUGUUUCUGUGCUGCUUCCCCAGCAAUGACAUGGAGGACCUGGUGUUGAGGAGAACCCUCAUGUUGUUGGGUCUGUCCAUAUUUUCUGUCUUCUUCAGUCAUGUUAUUGGUUUUGCUGGAGCUGGUGGUCUUUGUACACUGGUGCUGGCCUUUCUGGCUGCUCUGGGCUGGAAAAAAGACAAGGCUCCAGUGGCAGCCAUGGUGGGCCUCUCAUGGGAUGUCUUCCAGCCGCUCCUCUUUGGUCUGAUUGGAGCAGAGAUCACCAUAACAAAGCUCAACCCCAGCACAGUGGGUCUAGGUUUAGGCUGCAUCAGUAUCGGUCUGGUGAUCCGAGUGCUCGUCACCUUCCUGCUGGUUCAUUUUGGAGGAUUCAACCUGAAGGAGAAAGUCUUCAUCGCUGUGGCCUGGCUGCCUAAAGCCACCGUACAGGCUGCUAUUGGCUCCAAGGCGUUGGACAUGGCGAGGGAGGAGGGGGAUGAGGCCUUGAUAAAAUUCGGUUUGGACGUGCUAACGUUGGCCGUGUUAGCCAUCCUGACCACAGCACCUAUCGGAGCACUGGGUAUCGGACUGGCGGGACCACGUCUCUUGGCCCUGCAGGUCAAAGCAGGCGAGACAGAAGGUGAAGAUGCAACUUUGAGUGUGACCGGCCAUGAAAAAGACAACGGGACCCUCGAGAGCAAGUUGUGAAGCGUAUGGUUGGACAAAUAAAGCUUUGACGCACCUUAAGUUAACCUUCUGAAGUUCAUGAUAUGUUUUAUAAAGUAUCUUUGCCAUGCGUAUGUAACCUCUGCUGUAUAUGAAUAUCGUAUUAUAUGUAUGACAUUAUGUAUUCUGUGAUCUUCUGUAAUUGAUCCUUUAUCAACCUAAAUAUUUCCAGCAGUUAUUGUGAUGACAGGUGAUUUUUAACUGGUCUUUUAUGUGUGCCUUCAAUAAAAUGCUCAAUAAACA